GCUGGUCAGUUAUACAUUAGAUUUUGUAGUGCAAAUAGUUGAAGUUCCUUUGACUGCAUUUCUACGUACUUUGUCACCACGAAAAUAGUACAAUGAUACUGCUAAUAUUUGUAUUAUUUUCAUUUUCACUGUAUUAUUUGUGGCAACGACGCCACUUGCUAUGGCUUGCCCACAAAUUGAAGGGCUACACAGGAUAUCCAAUCAUUGGAAGUGCUUAUUUGUUUCUAAGUGCAGACAAAAUCUUGGAUGUAAUAAAUGAUUUUCACCGCAAUCAUGGUGGACCUGGAAAAUUUUGGCUUGGAAAUCGGUUAUUUGUUUAUAUCGAUGAUCCAAAACAUUUUGAAAUUAUUCUGAAUGCACCAGAUAGUUUGAAUAAGGGUGACUCUUACGAUUUUAUUGUUGAGAGCAUUGGACACGGACUGAUCACGUUGAAAUCUGACGAAUGGCGUUUCCAUCGAAAAAAUUUGAAUCCUUCAUUUCAUUAUAACGUUGUUAAAUCAUUUUAUCCGACAUUUAAUAGAAAUCUCAAAAUUUUCAUUAACAAAUUACAAUGUCAGACUGGAAGGGGUAAAUUUAAAUUGCCACCGAUAAUACAAGCAUGUGCCAUGGAUAUGAUAUGUGAAACAACAUUGGGAUUAGAGAUCAAAACACAAUCGGAGGAAAAUCCAGCAUUUUUGCAUAAUGCCCAUACAAUUUUAGGUAUAACUGCUCAGCGAUUUUUUCAGCCAUGGAUCCAGCCAGCCAUGUUGUUCCGUCUAUCAAAAUAUUCCAAACCAUUUUAUCAUAGCGUCGAUAUUUUGAAUAAACUACUUGAAAAGCUGUAUGCAUCGAAAAAAGUUGAGCAUACUGAAUAUAUGGCGAAAACAAAAUUGAUGGCAGAUGAUAUCGCGAAUAACAAUGAAAGCGAUGAGAAACCAGUGGAAAAGAACGUAUUUAUUGAUCGAAUCAUAAAACUGGCACUUGAAGAUAAAGUAUUCACCGAACAAAAUGUAUUGGACGAACUAAAAACCGUUCUACUUGCAGGAUAUGAAACAACGGCCACAGCAGCCACAAAUAUUUGUGCAUUGCUUGCCAUUUAUCCGGAUGCACAAGAGAAACUAUUUGAAGAGAUUCGAAGUGUAUUGCCCGACCAAAAAAUGGAUGUAACUCAAGAGGAUAUAAAAAAUAUGCCAUAUUUGGAUGCAUUUAUAAAGGAAGCGUUCCGAUUUUUUCCCGUUGUUCCGGUUUUAACGCGAAGCCUUAAGGAAGACAUGUGCUUGGGCGAAGUUACUAUACCCAAAGGUACGGAAUAUAUUAUGGACAUUUGGAAUAUGCAUCGCACUCGCAGCAAUUGGAAAUUCGAUGCAACUAAAUUCAAUCCGGAAAAUUUUUUCCCACAAAAUGCUUUACCACGACACCCAUACAGCUAUAUUCCAUUUAGUGCCGGACCACGGAAUUGUAUCGGCAUAAAGUACGGCAAUAUUGCGUUGAAGCUAAUCAUCGUUUAUAUGAUUCGACAGUAUCGAAUAGUGACAAAGGCACGUAUGGAGGAUCUUAAAUUUCGCAUGACUGUUACACUUUGUUUGGUCAACGAUGAUAUAUUUGAAAUUGAAAAUCGCGAUAAUUAUUAAAUGUUAUUAUUUUUCUCUGUU